UAAAUACCCUGCCCCCUCUCGCUAUUUGUACGUACAUCCGAUCACGAUCAGCCCUCGAUCAACUAGUCAGCCCGACAGCAAGAGUACUCCCAAGGGCGUGCAAGUGCAACAUAGCAACUGCGAGAGGAUGGCUCGAACUAAGUGCACAGCCCGUAAGUCCACCGGCGGAAAGGCUCCGACGAAGCACCUUAGGGCUUUCUAUGCUGCCGCUCGUAAGACUGCUCCCGCCACUGGAGGAGUGAAGAAGCCACGCCGAUAUCGCCCUGGAACUAUUGCUCUUCGGGAAAUUCGCAAAUAUCAGAAGGGCACAGAGCUACUUAUAAGGAAAUUACCUUUCCAGAGACUUGUCAGGGAGAUUGCCCAGUUUUGCAAGAGUGAUCUACGUUUCCAGAGCCAUGCGGUGCUUGCUUUGCAGGAGGCAGCCGAAGCAUACUUGGUGGGACUGUUUGAAGACACUAAUCUGUGUGCCGUCCAUGCUAAGCGUGUGACCAUUAUGUCCAAAGAUGUGUAUUUGGCAAGGAGGAUUCGCGGCGAGAGGCUGUAAUUAGCCUACAUAGAUGGAUCAAGCCCAGCAUGUUUAGUGCUUUCCAUGUGAUUUUCCGGGUUCAUAAUGGGCAGUGGAGAACCCUUUGAUAUGCCAUGGACGUUAAACUAUUAUUAAUAAAUG